CAAGGGAAGCGGGAAGCUAGCUUUGGUAGGUAGAAUUUGGUAUUUGGUGCUUUCCAACCUUACACAAAGAUUUCAUCUUUUUCUUUAGAAACUCUUUGACUCAAUAAAAUCUCUUCAACCUCAAAAUACGCAAGAGACUUUGUGACUUUAUUUCAAUCUCUCACAAUCCCUCCAUCAUCAUUUUCCAAAGACAACUUCAUCCAUUCCAUCAAUCACAUCUGUAAGCUAUUGUCUGUGGCAUUGUUUAUUGCCUGCUUGUUCAACCCCACUCCAUCCCACCUCGACCUUGAAAUCCCUUCAAAUAUAUCCAUCACUUCAAAUAUACCUAUCAAUCCCGUCAUUAACCCUCAAUUAUUACCUUGAUAGAUGAACAAGACUAACCGGGUGCUCAAUCACUAAUAGAAAUCACAAAUCUUUCCAGUCGUAAUGGAUUCUUUCGGAGCUCAACAAGGUGGUGGUGGUGGUGGACGUGGAUGCUUCACCUGUGAGUUGCAUCAGAUCCUUUUAUCUUCAUUUUCACAAAACAAACACUCCCGUCUUGAUACAAAUUCGACUUCCCAGCACUCGAGUCAAAACAAGAGUAUGAUAGCUGCAAGGAUGGAUAUUUCCUGGGAUACUAUUUUGAUAUCAUCAUCUACUCGGAAACCUGUGCAUAAUGUUUUGUACUGGAGUCAAAAGCACUACCCUUUCAACUGAAAACUCUGCAACUAAAUUUCUGCAUCAACAAAAAAUGCAUGAAAAAGUAUCUGCCUCGAGCUACCAGUGCAUAUCAUCUUCGGCACAACAUACCAAGAUGAAUAGAUUCAAUUCUAGAAUUCAAGCUGAUACAAACUCUAGGCGGAAACGAAGGUCACCAAGCCCGUGAAUGCCCAAGCCGUGGACCAGCCAAGUGCUACAACUGCGACAGUAAGAUAUCACUCUUAUGCCAACCAUACGACAGCAUAUUGACAUAUAUUCAGACCCGGGUCAUUUGAGCCGUGAUUGCCCAGAGGGACCAAAGGAGAAGGUCUGCUACAGAGUAGGUCUACUCACAAAGUUCAUCGAAGGAAACUUUUUAACACUCUUUUUAGUGCGGUACUUCCGGACACAUUUCCAAGGACUGCUCCAACCCACCAACUGAAGGUGCUGGCCGUGGUGGUGGAUACGGUGGCGGAUACGGAGGUGGUGGCGGACAACAAUGCUACAAGGUAAGGUUCCUCACUGAGAGAGUAUAUCAUCUAUUUCUAACUUUCUUAUUUUACAGUGCUCCAAGAUUGGCCACAUCGCACGUAACUGCCCAGAGGCUGGUGGUUAUGGCGGAAACCAAGGUUACGGAGGUAACCAAGGUGGUUACGGUGGUGGAUUCGGUGGCGGUGCCCGUCAAGGAAGCCAAACCUGCUUCUCUUGUGGUGGUUACGGACAUCUUUCCCGUGACUGCACUCAAGGUCAAAAGUGUUACAACUGUGGUGAAGUAAGCUAUCUCUACAUACAACAUUCAUUCGACCGUCAUACUAACAAAACUUUUAGGUUGGUCACUUGUCCCGUGACUGCAGCCAAGAGACUUCUGAGGCUCGUCGAUGCUACGAAUGUAAGCAAGAGGGUCACGAGAAGCUUGAUUGCCCUUUGAGAAAGAAGGCUUUCGGUCAAGAAUAAAUUAAAGUGCUUGAUGCACGGCACAUGAAUUACAUUGAGGGCGACCAUUCUACACAUCUACAGCCAGAAGCUACGACGGAAUGAUAAUACCCCGGAGGGAUUUUCGAACGCUAGUAAUCUGAGUCGAUGAUUACGAAAGCGACAACCUCUUUGUAUAAUUGUACCGACUUAUGCGACAAACAAAAAUUUGUCGCCUUUUCGUUCUUCUAUUUCCUUUUGAAAAAAAAUACCUACUCCUCUUUUGGAGUCUUAUGUUGCGUUGCUUCAUAUCUGCGUUUUAGAGUUUGGCCUUUGCUAUCACACUUUUCUAUCGGCACGGAUGGAUUCAAAAAAAAAGUCAUAUCACUCAUGUUAUUUGCGGGUUUUCUAAUUUAUUUGCGAAGGAUGAAGUUUCGAGGAUGAUUGAUGCUAGAUUCUCCACACAAUUUCCAUGAUGUAAAAGGAAAGAAAGGAGAUUUAUGGAUUGAAGGAGAUGCUGGAGCAUAUGAUUCAUGCGGCUACGACUUGAGUUAUGGAGAUUGGUAUCGAUGGAUAAAGAUAUCUGGUGGGCACUGUCAUAGGACACUGGAGAAGCAUGCAUAUGAGCGGUCGGAUAAAGUAAAGUGCUUGAGACCAAGAACAAGAUUAAGAAAUGAAUUAAGAUAUUUGAAGGCAAU